ACUGUCCUACUUCACAGCAGAAGGGAAAGUGGCAAAAUGAAGGGCCAAAUGUUUUUAAUGAUAUUUAUUUUACUGAGGGUACAGAACAAAAAUGUUUUAUUGAAGAAUUACCAAGAGAUACUCUAGUCGUUGGUACUUAUAAAGCUGAAGAAUGGUCUGACACACAACAGGCGUAUAUUGAAAAUCCAAAUCUUGGUAUUCAAAUUACUGUAGAGGAAUUACCUCAUAUCCAUCGUAUAAUAAAUCAAAAAGGACCGAGUCGUGGUCGGUUUACCUUUACAGCUGCCGAAUCAGGGGAUCAUGCUAUUUGUUUAUCAACCAAUUCAAGUUCUUGGUUUUCAAACAGUCAAACAAAAUUGCAUCUAGAUAUAGUUAUUGGUGAAUCAACAAGUGAGGAAGAAAAUGACAAAGAACAUUUUAGUGACCUCGCUCAAAGAGUUAGCGAAUUGAAUAAUCGUAUUGCAGAUAUUCGUAGAGAACAAAGCUACCAACGCGAACGUGAAGCAGAAUUCCGUGAUCAGUCUGAAAUUACUAAUUCACGGGUAGUAUAUUGGACUAUAGUUCAAUUAGCGGUUCUUGGGGUCACGUGUUUAUGGCAGAUGCGACAUCUAAAAGGAUUUUUUGAAGCUAAAAAACUUGUGUAA